GUUGUGAAGAUCGACUUGUUUCAGUUUUAACAGCUGUAGAACCUUUGCUGUAGAGGUACUGCGUGUUUUCCCACGUCCGGCCUGUGGGGGCGCUGUUGUCACCGUCCAUGUGGGGCAGGAGCGGACCUCCGCGUAGUAUCAGGUUUUUCACUUUUUUUUCGCAACUGCACAUGAACAAGAAGACGCCCCCAGUUAGAAAUGCUUCGUCAUGUUUUACUCUUCAACAAUCAUUAGUCAGCAGCGCCCUCGGGAGUGACCGGAUGCUGUUGUUUUGAAAUGCUCAGAUCGCCUCACACACAAACACGCGCUGUAGUCGAGCCGGAGUCUCCACGCCGCUCCACGCCGCCUGCGUUGCUGCUGCUGCUGCUGUGAUCAUGGCCGUAAAUAAAACGCACGUCAGCAUCGGCUACGCGUCGCUCGGGGUGCUCUUUGGCUUCUCGGCUUUCCUCGCGUGGACCGUCGUGUUCGGGCAGCCGUGGACCGCGGCCAUGGGGGGACUGUCAGGCGUGCUGGCGCUCUGGGCCCUGAUCACGCACGUCAUGUACCUGAAGGUCUACUGGACGACGUGGCUGAAGGGCCUGAAGUUCUUCUUCUUCGUUGGUGUUUUCUUCUCCCUGGUGGCAGUCGUCGCCUUCGUCGCCUUCCUUUCUAUCGCCGUCAGCAGCAAAGAGUCCCUGACUGACCCUCGGAGCCACUACCUGUCCUGUGUGUGGAGCUUCAUGUCCCUGAAGUGGUCCUUCGUUCUGGCUUUUAGUGCCCAGCGCUACCGCAGAGAGUUGACAGACGUCAGUAUCCUCAGUGACGUCUGAGGGCGCUCAAACGUCCCACAUGCGCUUUACGGACUCUUCAAUGCACUCACUGAUCUACAGGAGUCAGGUUUUUACAAGAUCUACAUCAGCGUCUCCCACAACCUCCGGUGUUUAUUCAUGUGCAAAAUUAGUUGAUGAUUCGGCCACUUUAUGGACAUACCCCAUGUUUAUUAUGGUCCUGAUUUUAUUCUCGUGCACUUUCACUUCCUCGGCGUCAUGCCCAGUCACAAAAAAGCCAGUGUGCUCCACUUGAACCAUGACUCAGUGAAGGACUCUUCAGGUGCACUUCCAGACAGUGGCCUCUAGAGGGCGGGCUUCUUCCAACAAUUCCGUUACGCGCACACCGAACGUCUGAUGAGGUACUGGAACUUUGUUGGGCUUUUCCAUCACAUGUCGCUCAUGUGUGCGCGCAUCAUGAUGAGUCCACCGCUUUAAUGCUGACGCCCGUUCAUGCACUGCAGACCCGUGUGUCACUCCUGCAGCUGCACCAAGAAUGAUGUAAAGAGCCAAUUCUCAUUUUUUGUAUCAGUGUGGGGAAAAAAUUGAGACAGAGGCCUGUUUAUCCUGCAAUAUAUCAGACAACAGGUUGUGUAAGUUCAUCAAAUGGAUUCGUGACAUGUUUUAAUUGUUUCAUGAUGAGAAUAUUUUCGCUGUGUUUCCCAUCACAUAACUUUGAGAGAGUGUUUGUAAAGGAGUGAAAAUCUGAGAAUCACGUUAAUAGAAUAUGCUUUUUGAAAUCUUC